AGUCGAUGUCAUAAAUCUACUUCAACCUUCAGACCAAGAAAUGGAAUUCCUUGUCGGCAUAACAGGAAAAGAUUUCGUGCUUACCGCCGCAGAUACUUCUGCAGCACGUUCGAUUACUGUCAUGAAAUCUACUGAGGACAAGUCCCGCGAUCUCAACAAGCAUAAUAUCAUGUUGUACUCUGGUGAGUCAGGGGAUACUGUCAAUUUUGCGGAAUAUAUCCAGCGAAACGUUAGACUGUAUGGAAUUAGGAAUGGUAUCGAAUUAACACCAAAGGCUGCUGCUACUUUUACAAGAAAACAAUUGGCAACAAUUUUCCUUCUCAUUGCUGGGUACGAUAUAACGACGUCAAAACCUCAUUUGUAUUGGAUCGAUUAUCUUGGCUCUUCCGUCGAAGUGCCUUUUGCCGCCCAUGGAUAUGGUUCUUAUUAUUGCAUGUCGAUUUUGGAUAGAUAUCACCAUCCAGACAUUACCCUUGAUGAGGCAAAGGUCCUAGUCAAAAAAUGCAUAGAUGAGUUAAAAAGUCGAUUCGUCAUCAACCUCUUAGAUUUCAAGAUCAAAGUUACAGAUCAAGAUGGAAUUCGAGAGAUUACAAUCUGA